AUGGAAGAACAUUGGGGAAGAAAUAUCGACAAGAUCAAGGACGGAAUUGGCGAUAAGAUUGGAUUAAUAUUGCGUGGUGUGAUAAUGUUCAUAACAUGUGUUGUGAUUGGCUUAAUCUAUGAGUGGAGGAUCACUGUCGUUCUGAUUGGGAUGGGACCUGUAUCUGCAGCAUUGAUGUCUUCAAUGGCUCGAUUGGUCGAUCGAGCAUCCGUCCAACAAAUGGAAGCUGCUGGGCAUGCGGGUGCAAUAGUGGAAGAGUCAAUAAUGAAUGUGAAAACAAUAGCUGCAUGUAAUGGUCAAGAAACGGUCAUUGAACGUUAUGCAAAAGCGUUAUCCCGAGGUCGUAAAUAUGCUCUAAAAAUAUACGCUUUUGCCGGUUUAUUCGAUGGCCUUUUCUUCGUUGCUAUGUACAUCUUUUUUGCUGCUGGAUUUUACUAUGGUGCUUAUCUGUACAAAAUUCACAUCGUUCUCGACCCCGGUUCAGUUUUCAUUGUCGCAAAUUCAAUUCAAUUUGGAUCUUACUAUUUGGGAGUGCUUAGUCCACAUUUAAUGGCUAUGAUGAACGCUCGAGUUGCCGCAGCUGUCAUUUAUCGAACCAUUGACAGAAUCAGCCCAAUUGAUGGUACGUCAGCAGAUGGCGUGAAGCUGUCGAAUGUGCUGGGAGAUGUUGAAUUCAAAGAUGUUCAUUUUGCAUAUCCAACACGACCUAAGAUGUCAAUUCUUAACGGUCUCUCGUGGCGAGUACUUCCGGGUGAAACGGUUGCGUUGAUUGGCCUUAUAACUCGCUUAUAUGAAAGUUUAUCUGGUGAAAUAAGCAUUGAUGGUGUCGAUGUUAAAAAAUUCAAUAUCGAUUGGCUGAGGAAUAUUGUUAGUGUUGUGCAGCAGGAACCUUUGUUGUUCAAUGGUUCAAUUAACGAAAAUAUUCGCUUGGGGAAUCCGAGCCUAACUGAUCAGCAAAUUAUUGAAGUUUGCAAAACGGCAAACGCCCACGACUUUAUUGAAAAACUCGCUAUGGGCUAUGAAACCUCGAUUGGAGCCGGUGGGGUACAACUGUCAGGUGGUCAGAAACAGAGAGUUGCGAUCGCACGUGCGAUAGCGAGGAAUCCAAAAAUUCUGCUUCUUGAUGAAGCAACAAGUGCUCUGGAUGCUGAAAGUGAAAUAAUUGUACAAAAUGCUCUCAAAAAGGCCUCUGUUGGGCGUACCACAAUAGUAAUAGCUCAUCGUCUUUCAACACUACGUGAUGCGAACCGAGUGAUUGUUUUGGAUCGAGGAAAAGUCGCCGAAAUCGGUUCUCACAAGCAGCUAGCAGAAAGGGAAAAUGGGAUGUAUGCGGCUCUUGUACGAUCUCAGCAAUUCAAAGAAGAAGCUGCUAAAAAAGGAUCGUUGACUAGGUCUGAUGAAGUGUCGAUUCCAAUUCAAAGAGCUGAUUUCACGAAUUCCUCUCGAACAGCCAAGUCUACCGCUGUUUCAAAUGUCAUCGAAGAGAGGAAUGAAGAUGGUGAGGUGGAGAUUUCAGUCAGCAGCAACAAGGCAAAAAUGAAACAACGAAAGGGUUUAUGGCAGGUGUAUACGAAUGCUGAUGGGCAUUACGGUAAACUAAUCAGUGCAUUUUUAAUGUCCAUCAUUCGAGGUAUGGAAUUACCAGCCUAUGCGCUCAUGUUUGAAUUUGCGUUCAAUGGCUUCUCGUUAGACGAUGGGAACUCGAUGAUGGAGCAAAUUCUUGUCGUGCUAAUCAUGGCUGUUGCACUUGGAAUCGCUUGUCUCGUUGCAAUAUUUGCGGCAACAAUCAGUUGUGGAUGGACUGCUGAAAGUGUUGUUGAUUCGUUGAAGCUUCGUGCGUUGCGUAAUGUCCUCUAUCAAGACGCGUCAUAUUUCGAUGAUCCAAAUCGCAGUCAAGCAGUUACCGUCACAAGAAUAUCAACGGAUGCACCUAACAUCAAAGCUGCCUUAGAUCAACGAAUGAUGCAAAUAGUCAGUAAUUUUGCGGCUGUGAUUGCAUGUGUCGUUAUGGCACUGGCAUUCUCAUGGGAGAUAGGAUUAAUGGGGUUGACAUGCUUCAUUGCUCUCAUCAUAGGUCUGUAUUUAGCUGCCGAUCAAAUGCAACAUUAUAACGAUCUGGCAAUUAGUAAUGAUCUCACCGGACAGUUGGCGAUCGAAAUAGUGGAACAAGUGCGAACAAUACAAUUGAUAACUAGAGAAGAGUACUUCCAUUCGGAGUAUGAUCACCAACUACGCAACGUUUUGAAGUACCAAAAAAAGAGUGCUCCUUGCGAGGCGUUACUGUUCGCAGUCACCUCAUCGUUUAUGUACUUCUCAGAUAUGGCUUCUUAUGCGCUUGGUAUUCCACUCAUAUACCACGGCUUCGCAACACCAAAUCAUAUUUUCACGGCAGCAUUAGCAAUUACAACAGGUGGCUGGGCAUUAAUCAUGGUGUCCGGUUGCCUUAAUACAUUUAUUCUUGCUGCACCCGCGUCUGAUUCUCUUUUCCGCAUCAUCAAUGCCAAAAGUGUAAUUGGCGAGAUUGAUGCUGGAUUGCGUCCAAGCAUCAGUGGUGAAACAAGACUUAAAAAAGUUCGUUUCUCCUAUCCGACGAGGCCACAUCAGAAGAUCUUAAAUGGACUGUCGUUAACAGCACGAAAGGGUCAAACAAUCGCAAUUGUUGGGCCAUCGGGUAGCGGUAAAACUACAGUGAUAGCAUUGUUGGAACGUUUCUAUCAGUACAACGAUGGAGAUUUGACAAUAGACGGUUGUUCAGUGCAUGAUAUGUCGUUGCAUUAUUUACGCGAGCAUAUGGCGCUGGUUGGACAAGAAGCGGCCUUACUGAGUGGUACCAUAGCCGAGAAUAUUUUGUUGGGUACGACAGGAAAAACGAUCGACGACAUACGAGCUGCUUGUAAGAUGGCAAAUGCACACAAGUUCAUCGAAGCAACACCAAUGGGAUACGAAACUGAGGUUGGUGAGCGUGGCGCGCAGCUGUCUGGAGGACAGAAACAACGGAUCGCAAUCGCGAGAGCGCUUGUCAGGAAUCCGACAAUACUGCUCCUUGACGAAGCGACUAGCGCACUGGAUGCUGAUAGUGAACGGGUAUUCGAUGAAAUAAUUUUAUCAAUUUCUGCCCAACGCAUUUUUGCAUCAUUCGAGGAUGAAAUCACUCAAAUUUUGUCACCGCAGUUCAACAAGCACUCGAUCAAGCAAGUGUUGGUCGAACAUGCAUAA